AUGUUGCUCACCGCGCGUGAGGUGCGGCGCUUGAACGCGGCUUCAGAGGAACCUCGCAGAAUCCUCAUCUCUCUCCAUGGCGAGAAAGACCUUGGCUUGGUUAGUGUUGUGAAAUGUGGUGUUUCGAUCAUGGCACGGGGUCUGAUACCGUGGAUCUGGCUGAAGAGACCCGUCUAUAUCCAGGCCCGGUUUUCCUACCUUCACAUGAAGUACCUGUUCUUUUCCUGGUUGGCUGUUUUCGUGGGAAGCUGGGUGGUGUACGUGGAAUAUUCAUCUUACACAGAGCUGUGCCGUGGACAUGAGUGCAAAACCUCCAUAUGUGAUAAAUUCCAGAAGGGUGUGAUUGAUGGUUCUGCCUGCAACAGCUUGUGUGAGAAGGAAAAUCUUUAUUUGGGGAAGUGUCUCUCUGCCAAACCCAGCAAUCAGGUCUACUCUGGCAGUUGGGGGGAUAUGGAAGGGAUCAUAAAGUGCCAGAUGGAAGAGGUCCCUCAUUACGAUCUGGGUGUAGAACUAGAGCCCCGGAAAGACUUUGCCUCCUUUAACAGGCCGACCAAAGGGACAUCUGUGGAGAAGUUCAAAGAGAUGGUGUUUAGUCAUCUGAAGGCUAAAGUUGGAGACCAUGCCAAUUUACAGGACUUGGUGACCCUUGUACUUGGAGUUGCUGACAGCAACAAGGAUGGCCAGAUCUCUCUUUCAGAAGCCCAUUCAGCUUGGGCUUUACUGCAGCUGAAUGAAUUCCUGCUGUCCGUCGUGUUGCAGGACCGAGAGCACACCCCCAGACUGCUGGGCUUCUGUGGGGACUUGUACGUCAUGGAGAAGGUGCCUUACAUACCACUCUAUGGCAUCAGCCUGCCGUGGUUGGUCGAGCUGUGGAUUCCAGCCAGUCUGAGACGAAGCAUCGACCAAUGGGCCGCACCAUCCUGGCCACGCAAAGCAAAGAUAGCCAUUGGUCUGUUCGAGCUCGUCGAGGACCUCUUCCACGGCACGUUUGGAACUUUCCUAAUGUGUGAUGUAAGCGCUGCAGGGUUCGGUUAUACAGAGCGCCAUGAUGUAAAGGUUGUAGACGCAAAGCGAAUUGUCCCUGAAGCAUCUUUUCAGGAAGUGAUGCGAGAAAGGCGCUGCGACGAGGACAGUGACUGCGUGUACGGGAGGGACUGCGUCACGUCUUGUGAUCUCACUAAACACAGAUGCACUACAGAAGUCACGCGGCCUAAUCUGGCUAUAGUAUGUAGCAUGCUGAAGGACUAUGUUCUGUAUGGCGCACCUUCAGACAUUAAAGAGGAACUGGAGAAACAGCUGUACGCAUGCAUUGCUCUUAAGGGUACCACUGAACAGAUGGAAAUGGAGCACUCUCUGACUCUCAACAACCUCAAAACUCUGCUGUGGAAGAAAAUAUCCCACACUAAAGACUCUUAAUAUAUAGCUAUAGUGAAGUGAACUUAUUCUAUACACAACAGACCGAGACUGUCCAACUAAUAUCACACAACCCACAAAUCCUUGAAUCGAAUUAUUCAGAUUAUUUUUGCGCCGCAGUGACUGAGCCACUAUAUCCUUCAUUGCCCCUUGUUUUACAUGACUCAGACUUGACUAAAACCCAAAUCAUAAAAGCUUAGGCAGCAAUGCAUGUCAUCCACUGCCAAGAGAAAAUGACAAAUUGCUGCUCUUCCUGUGGAUCCCUGUUCAGGAAACGGAGACAAUCAAACCGAGUCUGGUCUAUAGCGAGAAAGAUAUUGAUUUUAAAUCCUGCCUAUUAACUAUAAGAAGGAUCUAGACAAUUUGCAUGAGUUACAAUAAUUUUUAGACUUAACAGUGAUUACAAUACAGUUCAAUAACAAAUCAGUUAUUUAAAAUAAGUUAAACUGCCAAUUGAAGUAUUUGGUGACAUGUCACAAUCUGUUUUUACACCGUGUUUGUUUUAAAUCUGUAUGCACCCUUAUAUAAAGAGAUAGGACUCAGGGCCUUGGAAAGAUUAAAAUUUUUAAAGUAUA